GGGUGAGACUCUUCAACAAGGGCUGUGGAAGGGCAAAGACUUAAACUUGUUCGCUCUCCUCCUAAUUCUCAGUCUGCCCCAAGGACCCAAGAAGGGAUAGGGCAGCUAGGUCAAACAGUGAUGGGUUCAGCUUGUGUAGGUGAAAAGCUCUAGUUCUCUCGUCUACGAAGUGUGAGGCCUCCUGGAAGCCAGGCCUGAAACGGGUUAGGCCUAAAGUUCAGGCAACUGCAGGCGCACAGGGUUGGUUGGUGGUUUAAUGACUUCAGGAGAGGCAUGGGCAAGAAAGCACUCCCACAACUGAUCUGGCCAAGCCUGCUACCUCCCGAGCCCCACGUGCUAACCCCCCCGCAGGACCUGGCCCGGGUGAGCACACGGUCCCGGCUGAGCUUUGGCACGAUCUGCAGGAGCGGAUUGCAGCGAUGGAGGAUUUCCCCACUCGCUGCCCCGGAGCCCAGCCUCUUCCGUGAAUCCAUCCAUCCAUUGGGAACCACGCCUGCGCGCCCCGCCGGCCGGGCUUCACCGCGGCCCGCGCAACCCCCAGGGCCGCGAGCGCUCAGAUCCCUGCCGCCGGCGGCUUGCCAGGGACUGAUGAAUAUUCAUAAAGACAAGCUCCGCCCAGUCCUAUUGAAUAAUAGCCUCUGGGGGCUGUAGGAGGCGGCUGCUACCACGUGGGUUCUAGUCUGGACCCGGCAGCUGGCCCCGAGCGCUAUGGCUGUGUCGACCGCGUCCCGCCUCCGCGUGCUGGUGGACAUGGACGGGGUGCUGGCUGACUUCGAGGGCGGCGUGCUGCGGCAUUUCCUCGCCCGCUACCCUGGGGAGCCCCACGUGGAGCUGGCGGAACGGAGGGGCUUCUCGGUCCGGGACCAGUACCGCCGCCUGCGGGAGGACCUGGCGGCUAAGGUAGCCAGUGUCUAUGAGUCACCUGGCUUCUUUCUGGGGUUGGAGCCGAUUCCAGGAGCCAUUGAAGCCAUGCAGGAAAUGAUCCAUAUGCAGGACACUGAAGUUUUUAUUUGCACGAGCCCCCUGAUGAAGUAUGAGCACUGCAUCCUGGAGAAGUACAGCUGGGUGGAAAAAUACUUGGGUCCUAAGUUUGUGGAGCGACUGAUUCUGACUGGGGAUAAAACCGUUGUGUCAGCUGACCUCCUGGUUGAUGACAAAGACACCAUUAAAGGUGCGGAGCCUAAGCCAAGCUGGGAACACAUCUUGUUCACUUGCUGCCAUAACAAGCAUCUAGAGCUUCAGACCCCACGCAGGCGGCUGCAGUCGUGGGCCGAUGACUGGAGGGGGAUAGUGGAAAGCAAACGCAGAAGCAAUGUGGAAAAAGAAUGCUAUGCUAGUCUCACUGCCAAUGGGAACUGAUAAGUUGGGAACUGGCAACGAAAUCCCAUUUAAAGAAAGUGCACUGACUUGGGUAGGGGCAGUUUUAAGGGCCAAAGAUACAAAGCUUAUUUUUUUAAGAUCUGUAUUUUCUUAAGACUAUUUCUGAAAUGUAGUUGCAAUUAAAUUACUGAAUCUUUA